AUGCCUUCCUAUCUUGUCACAGGUGCCAGUCGUGGUCUCGGAUUCGAAUUUGUUCGGACCCUUGCCGAGGACGAAAAUAAUAUCGUCAUUGGUCUUGUCCGUAACAAGGCCGCAGCCGACGCAAAGGCAAAGGAAGAGGCACUGGAUAAAGUGCAUUUCGUCGAGGGCCAAUACACCGACAUCAAGUCUCUGAAAGCAGCCGCAGAGGUGGUGAAAGAGAUAACUGGAGGCAGUCUCGACUAUCUAAUCAACAAUGCAGCGGUUGUGUCGCAUGUUAGUGAAUUCAAGACCUUCGGUGACUUUGACGAUGAUUUCGAUGCCAUGGAAAAGGAUCUUUUAGAAUCACUUGAGAUUAACCUGCUAGCCGUGAUCAAAUCAAUCCACGCCUUUGUACCUCUGAUUCGCAAUGGCAAGGGAAAAAAGGUCAUAACAAUUUCAACAGGAAUGUCCGAUCUAGACCUGAUCAAUUCGACCGAAGUGGCCUUCGCCAGUCCCUAUGCCAUCAGCAAAGGUGCUGUCAAUGUCGCGAUAGCCAAAUACAACGCUCUUUAUAAUAAAGAGGGUAUCUUGUUCCUUGCUAUUAGCCCUGGUUAUGUGACCACCGAGCGAAACACUGAAGAACCCUCGCCCGAAGAUGCCGAAAAGAUAGCAAUUCUCGUGAAGAAAUUUGUCGAGUAUGCACCGCAUUUCAAGCGCCCUAUAACUCCCAAGGAGUCGGUUACUGCUGUCCUUUCGGUUAUGAACAACGCCUCGAUCGAACAUGGAGAUGGUGGCGCCUUUCUCUCACACUUGGGAAACAAACAGUGGCUUUGA